GCUGGUGAGGCAAAUAUGACGCACCGAGGAAAGCGCCGAGAAAGCGUACGGUGGAAAGCGCUUGAAUUUCCCGAGUCUCACCUCGCUGCGAUCAUGCGCACUCCACCCGCAGCGCAUCGCGUAUAUCCAGUCCGCGAGCGAAUUCCACCGAGAACUGACGUCCGUAAAUUGCGCCAAUACUUUAAUCAUCGCACCAAAACGCCGCCCGAGAUGGACGACGAGGCUGUUAUCUCGACCAACGACGACGCCAGCGGGUGCAAACGCAAUGCCGUCCAGCUCGGUUACUGGAAGGAUGACUACAUUAGCUACCUGAUCAAGCAAACACACAAGCGACCACCUGAAAUCAACAGAGGAUACUUUGCUCGAGUAAAAGGUGUAGAGAAGUUUAUCUUUAAAUUCCUAGACAGAUGCGGUGAGAAUGCUCAACUGAUCAAUCUAGGCGCUGGUUUCGAUACGCUCUAUUGGCGGCUUCGCGAUCAGAACAUCAACAUUUCUAGCUUUGUUGACAUAGAUUUUCCUUCUGUAACAGCAAAGAAAUGUUACAUGAUAAAGCGGAAUAAGAAAUUACUCGAACGCAUUCACGAUCAGGAUGAUGAAGUCAAAUUGAGUAGUACAGAUAUGCAUGCCGGUAGUUAUCACUGCAUGGGCGUCGAUCUUCGGAAUGUAAACGAAUUAGAGGCGAAACUGCAGCAAGCCGAGGUCAAGUACAACGUGCCGACGCUUUUCAUCGCUGAGUGCGUUCUCGUUUAUAUUGAGAACAGCUGCGUGGACCGGUUGUUGCAGUUUAUUGCCGCCAAGUUUCCCAACGCACUUUUUGUCAACUAUGAGAUGUGCAAUAUGAACGACACCUUUGGCAACGUAAUGCUGGAGAAUCUGCGCGCACGCGGUUGCAAUCUGUCUGGCAUCGUCAACUGCCGAAGUUUAGAGAGCCAGGAAGCACACUUUUUAUCAAACAAUUGGACGGGCGCUAAGGCGUGGGACAUGGUGAAGAUCUACUACAGUAUUCCCCAGGCGGACCGUGAAAAGAUCGAGAAGAUCGAAUUCCUCGACGAGCAGGAACUGCUCAUUCAGCUGUUUCAGCACUACUGCAUUUGUAUCGGCUACAUCGGCAGUCAGUUCGACGAUAUCUCAUUUGAGGACUGAGCACGCAUGCGUGCGCGUUAAAACAUGGCCGUCGACGUUAAGAUGGCCGCCAAAAACGAUACGUGUAAUAUAAUUAUUAAUUAAUUUAGUUUCGAGCUACUUUGAAUGUACAACACUCUUGUAAUUUAAAAAUUCGUAAAAUUUUGCUCCGAAUUUUUCCGAGAGGGGUGGUUAAAGAAAAAGGACGUCCGUGUAAUUUAACGUAACAUAAUUUUUGCUCCCCGUUCUGAUCUUCUCAUUCAUUGCAUGUUUACGAAUGACGCUGUAAUUAACGCUCUAAACGCUCAGUGUAGCUGAAUAAUUUUUAUGGAAAUUAUUUGUCUUUUUGUUGGGAGGUUUCCUUUGUUUGAGAGUUUUGUUUUCGGAAUGCUUCAAUCGAAGUCUGUGAUAUUUUCUUAGUGUAUGUUGAUUUCGACUUUUAAUUAACUAAAAUCAGUGUUACGAUCAAAUGUAAUGUUGAAAGCAAAUGAAAAGUGAGGAAUACGAAUUACUUUUGUGUAACAAUUACUAAAAAACAUUAACAGAAAGUAUUUAUGUGUAUAUCGAGAGGAAUAAAGAUUUAAAAAACAA